AACCAGAAUGCCCUCCAAGCAGUUUUAAGAAAAAUAGCUAACGCUUUCAAAAAUGCUACUGCUGAACCUGCUGCUUCCCCAAGAGCUUCUGUUUAUAAAACUAACUUAGUAUGUAUAGAACCAUUUUUUGGAGGCUUAAAACCAAAAACCGCCUUAUGGUUAAGUAUCGCCGAACCUCCUACAUUGGAAAAAGCUAUACUUGGUGCUCGUAAAAUCGAAGCUAGAGAAUAUUAUAAUAGUAAAAGAUACGAGCCUGAAGUCGAAAAAAAAGCCUUUGAUAAAACAGAAGAAAGAUAUAGGUUUAUCCUACCCCGAUCAGAAAUCCUAGUUCUACUUCCAGUAAAUAUGAACCCUUCACAACCUAUAUCUCAAGCUCUGGUAGUACUACCAGUUAAUAUAAACCUAUCACUGGUACCAAAAGUCCCAGUAGUCCCUCCUGCAAGACUUCAAUGA